GGCUCUCCCCAUGCUCGUGCUGGUUCGGAAGUGGUCGUGGUUCGGCUGUGCUCCAUUGGACCGAGCCGCUGUCAGUUGGGACCGGGACCCCGUCCUCUCCUCGGGUCCUGCCCGCUGGGAGAGCCGUCAUAUUGGCUGUUGAAGCUGCGGCCACCCCGGCAGACUGGAGCCCCCCACCAUGACGGAGAGCGGGCCGCCGCGGGUCCUGCAGAGCUCUGUAGUUUUUAAAGCUCUCUGAUGAGUAUUUUUAUAGAAAUAUAUUUUAAAUUGUCCGGGAUGGUUCCGUCCAGCUCCUGUGACCGCUCAGCGCUCUCCACCGACACCGCGCUCCUCCGGGGGCAUCUGUGCCCGACUUUUCCCUGUAGCCAUUUUUUGCAGACAAAGAGCCGUUGAGCAAGGCUUUUCAGCAGGAACACGGGUCUGAGGACGGCACCAUGUGGAGCAGUCUGAAGAGCAGAUGUCAGACCCUCUUCCAGGCUUCAGGACCCAGUGAGUCCAGGCUGGACUCGGAUGCGGUCCACUGUGUGCUGGACCUGGGUGAAGGAGGCAGUUCAGGUGAGGUCCAGGGACCCGGGGCCCCCAGCCCGUCGUGGAGCCUGUCCCCGGCGCCGACGGUGGCGGCGGGACGCCGCCAUCAUAACUGUGUGACGGACAUCCCACAGAUCGUAGAGAUCUCCAUAGAUAAGGACUCUGAGGACGCUCGGGGGGGUUCUGGGGUUCCCCAGGCCCGCAGAGACUCGUACUCCCGCCACGCUCCGUGGGGGGGCAAGAAAAAACACUCAUGUUCCACCAAAACCCAGAGCUCUCUGGAGUCUGAGCGGCACUCCGGGCGCCUGAGGGGGUGUGGCCACCGCAGAGAGCGGCGGUACGGAAUCAGCUCCAUCCAGGAGAUCACGGACUCGGGGUCYGCAGGACACGGUCUGAACCCCCGGUCCCUCCGCCAGCGCCUCAGUGACACCGUGGGGCUGUGCCUACCACUUCCUGUGCGCAGGCGCUCCCACUCGAAGAACCCGGCGAACCCCAAACGUAAGAUCCACCUGACGGAGCUGAUGCUGGAGACCUGCCCCUUCCCGCCGGGCUCGGACCUGGCUCACAAGUGGCACCUGAUCAAGCAGCACACGGCGCCGGUCAGCCCGCAUUCCUCCACCGCCCUCCUGGACGCCUUCGACUCCGCCCACCCGUCCCCCGAGGACGAGGAGGAGCGUCUGCGCGAGCGCCGCAGGCUCAGCAUCGAGGAGGGCGUGGACCCGCCCCCCAACGCUCAGAUCCACACCCUGGAGGCCUCGCUGCCGCCUUCUUCUCUCUACAAACUGGGACCAAAGAUGGCUCCCGGCGCCGGCGAGGCYCCCGGCGAGGUCCGGGCCUCGGGGUCCGGCGGCUCCCUGGCUGCCGUGUCCUCGGGGGCCUGCGGGUCGGGAGGCGGGUCGUCCCAGGACUGUGACUCUGAGGAGGACUCCACCACCUUGUGUCUGCAGGCCCGCAGGCCCAAACAGAGACACGCCUCCGCAGAGGCCCACCUGAGCCGGCAGCAGCCCGGGCCCUGGAAGGUCCACACCCAGAUCGACUACAUCCACUGCCUGGUGCCGGACCUGCUCCACAUCACAGCCCUGCCCUGCUACUGGGGCGUGAUGGACCGCUACCAGGCCGAGGCCCUGCUGGACGGGCGCCCCGAGGGCACCUUCCUGCUGCGUGACUCGGCCCAGGAGGACUACCUGUUCUCCGUCAGCUUCCGGCGCUACAACCGCUCGCUGCACGCCCGCAUCGAGCAGUGGAACCACAACUUCAGCUUCGACGCCCACGACCCGUGUGUGUUCCACUCGUCCACGGUCACAGGCCUGCUGGAGCACUACAAGGACCCCAGCGCCUGCAUGUUCUUUGAGCCGCUGCUCACCGCGCCGCUGCACCGGACCUUCCCCUUCGCCCUGCAGCACCUGGCACGGGCCGCCAUCUGCCGCCGGACCACCUACGAUGGCAUCGGCUCGCUGCCGCUGCCCCCCGCCCUGCAGGACUUCCUGAAGGAGUAUCACUACAAACAGAAAGUACGAGUGCGCUGGCUGGAGAGGGACACGCCGCUGCGCCUCAAAUGACCUGGACCGUUAGAGGCGUGGUCAUAAUGAUGUGGCUCAUCAGGAUUAUAACAAGCUAAUAAAGUUUAUUAAUACUGUUUAUUACA